CUUGACGCUCUAUUGAUUUGUUGGAGGAGGAGAAAGUGAAAGAGGAGUGGGAGAGAAAUCUCUGCUCCGCCGCAGAGAGAAGCAGGAAAAAGCGUGUGUGGCUCGGCAAAGUAGCGAACGAUAACGAUCGACAAUAAUCGGAAGGAGUGCACUGAAGUCACGCGUGGGAGCGGAAGCGUGGACGAGGAAAAAGUGAAAGGUUUUGGCGGAAGUACUUUCCCUCGCCCUGCAUUCCGUCGGGGGUCUUUUAAUGCCCCGAAUUCGUCACGCGUGGAAGAGAAGCGAAGAGUGAAGAAGAAGAAGUUCCACGGCGUGAAUAACACUCCUCGUCGCCCUUUCGGUGCUUUGUCCUCUCCCCCUUCCUGGCCCUGCAUGGACGGGGAUGGGGAGAGCCGGAUGCUGUUCCAGCGGGGCCGAGCGCCUCGCCUCCCCGUCUCUGGCGCGCUGCUUCCGGCCACUGCUGGUGCUGAUCAUCGCUCUGACCUCCGCCGGCCGCAUAGGUCAGUGUCAGGUGAUCACUCCUCAGUGUCGCAUUCAAAAGUGCACCACCGACUUUGUCUCCCUGACCUCUCACCUCACGCCGGCCGUGGAUGACUUCCAUGUUGAAUUUUGCAAAGCCUUGCGUGCGUACUCGGCCUGCACCCAGAGGACAGCCAAGUCUUGCAGGGGAAAUCUGGUCUUCCACUCGGCCGUGCUGGGCAUCUCAGACCUAAUGAGCCAGAGGAACUGCUCCAGGGAUGGCCCCACGUCCUCGACGCACCCCGAGGUCCACCAUGAGCCGUGCAACUACUACAGCCGCACCCAGCACGCGCACACUCACGCCCACGCACACUCGCACGGCCACAAUACCUCCCGGGCUGGAUUCCUGUUCUGCGGCCUGUUCGGGGACCCCCACCUAAGGACGUUCAAGGACAGCUUCCAGACUUGCAAGGUGGAGGGGGCGUGGCCUCUCAUCGAUAAUACCUAUCUGUCGGUGCAGGUCACCAACGUUCCAGUCGUCACGGGCUCCAGCGCCACGGCAACAAACAAGAUCACCGUGAUUUUCAAGCCGUACGAGGGCUGCACAGAGCAGAGGGUCUACCAGGCCGUAACAGACAACAUUCCCGCCGCCUUCGAUGACGGCACAGUGAGCAGCGGCGACCCCAUCCACAUGUCCGCGGGGGCCGACGGCGCCAUCGGGAAAGUGAGGGCCCUGUGGAUCUCAGAGCGCAGCCCGGGCCACCACGUGGAGCUGCACGCCGGGUACAUCGGCGUCACGGUGAUCGUCCGACAGCUGGGCCGCUAUCUGACCCUGGCGGUGCGGAUCCCGGAGGAGAUGGCUCACGCCUACGACGACACGCAGGACCUGCAGCUGUGUCUGAACGGCUGCCCCAGAGGAGAGCGCAUCGACCAGGGCGGCUACUUGCCCCUGUCCCCACCCUCUGUCGGCCUGCAGCUCCAGCGUCCGCACGGGCCGAGAUACUCCACCCAGAUCCAGUUGUCCUCCCACGGGGGCAGGCAAAUCUUCACCACGGACGCCGCUAAGGAUCGCUGUCGGGAGCAGCUGGAGGUGCAGGACAUUUACUUCCACUCCUGCGUGUUCGAUCUCCUCACCACGGGGGACGCUAACUUCACAGUGGCGGCGUACAGUGCCCAGAAGGACAUGGAGAGUCUUCACCCGCACAGGGACAGGUGGAGGAUCUACCCCAGAGGUUCUUCCACCUCCACCUUGCACCCUCAUGGCGAACCUUUGCGACUCUUCACUUUGCUCCUGCUGGGUGCUCUCAGCGCUCUGUAGGAGUCCUUUUGCCCGACUGUACAGACCGUGCACUAGAGACUAGUUUUUGACUGAGCACUGAUGUUGCCCACUGCUUCCUCUCUCAACAGGAAGUCAGACGGUUACUGGGACUAUUUUGUACUGGUAACACUUUCUUUAUCUUUAGAUCAGAUGCCAGUGACUUAAAUGUUGCUGUGUUGGUAUGUAAAUACUUAAAUACCGGCGGCCCCUGAAAUGAGACCAUACCAGCCCACGAGUUCAGUUCAAACCGCGGGAGACAAAUUCUUAAAAACGCAAGAAUCGAGGAACUUGGACCAUCGUAAACACAUUGGCAGAUCCUCGCAUUGAAAUGUUAACCUUGCUAGCAAACAUGGGGCACCCGGGUCCAAACUUAUGAGUUGCAUAACUGAGGCGUUCCUCAAGGCACCUCUUUAAGUCCUCUCCUUUUUUGGCAGGUACAAUUAUUUUCAUAUUGUGAUUUAUGUAACUCGAGUGUUCCCCUACUUUAGAUGCCGUCGGGAGUCAUUUGUUGGAACUUCUUUGCCUAUUUUAGUGGUGUUCCUCAAGGUUCCAUUUUAGGUCCUCUCUUUUUCAUCAUUUGGGCUAUUCAACUGGCUGAGUGCCUGCGAGUUUAGUUCAAAACCUGGGAGACAAACAUGUUUGCAGCAAAUUCCUAAAAACACUAGAGUGCUCCUGUUGUAUAGAGGAACUUGGACCGCUGUGAACACAUUGGCAGAGCUAUGCAUUGACAUUUUAACCUUGCUAGCAAACAUAGAACACUUGUGAUUUACAUACCUGAGGCGUUCCUCAAAGCACCCUUUUUGGGCCUCUACUUUUUGGCGAUUUGGUUUUUCGUGACGUGAUUUAUGUGACUGAGUUGAUACUGUAGCUUCUUCACAUCAGAUGCAGUCAGUAGUCAUUUGUUCAACUUCCUUAGUUAGAUUAGUGGUGUUCCUCAAGGUUCCAAUUUAGAUCCCUUCUUUGUUUUAUCAUUUGGCUGUUCAACUGGCUGCCUGCGAGUUAAGUUAAAGCCUUGGGAGCCCAAAAAAUUUUGCAGCAAAUUCCUAAAAACACUAGAGUGCUCUUGUUGCGUAGAGGAACUUGGGGACAGAUCCAUGCAUUGACAUUUUAACCUUGCGAGCAAACAUAGAACACUGGGGUCCAAACUUGUGAUUUACAUAACUGAGGCAUUCCGCAAGGCACCCCUUUGAGGCCUCUACUUUUUGGCGAUUUGGUUUUUCGUAACUAAGGUGUUGCUGUAGCUUGUUUACUUCAGAUGCAGUCAGUAGUCAAGUGUUCAAUUUCUUUAGUUAGAUUAGUGGUGUUCCUCAAGGUUCCAUUUUAGGUCCCCUCUUUUUUUAAUCAUUUGGGCUAUUCUAUGGUGGCCAAUGGAAUUUGGUUUAGAGACUCACAUUUUUGCAGCACUACUCUUAAAAACACUAGAGUGAUGUGUCAUAGAGAUGAUCUUUGACUAGCAGUCGGUCCUUAAAACUCUUGUAAAUGACAAAAUAAACAGACCCCCCAAAAAUGUAUUUUUUAGAGGACAGUGGUUCUCCAGAAAAUGAAAACUAAUACAUCAUUACUAGUGAAGGGAGAAGUCUGGCACCCCGGUCCUUAGCUUUCUGGACAUGUGUGCCCCCGCAAAAAUCCAGUUGAAUAUCCCUGCUUUAUUGUCUUCCUAGCACAGUGUAAUAAUAACAUUUGUGUUAUUUUAUCUUUUGAUGUGAUUUUCAUUAGUAUCUCAGACAGAGGAUGUUUGUAUUCGUAGAAGCACUUUAUUUUGAUUUUUCUUGUCUCAUUUUAAUCCACUUCAGUGUUUUUUCAACCUUUUCAUCGACUUAUAUUGUAUUUUUGCUCGUUGUUAAAAUGCACCAACUGAUGGUACUUCUCCUUCUAAGGCAGUUAAUGUGAGCUCUUCUCCUUGAAUGUACAUUAAUGACAUUUGCGCGGACACCUUUUCUUCUUCAGUCUGGAUUUCUGGGUUUGGUAGUUCCUCCAGGAGACGUGUUGCCACCUCUUUGCUAGGAGGCUGCACAUAUUUGUUGUAGUCUAGGUUAUUUUUGAGCCAAAGACAUGACGGGAGCUUCUCAAGAGGGUCAUUUUAUGUGGGGGGGGGGGGAGUCAAAACUCAUCAAACCAGCACCUGUUUUUUAAAUGUGCUACUGUAAAUUUGCAAAGCUCCACCUUCCUGGGAGCAUUCAGUGCAAAUCACUGAAAACAUUUCACUUUUUAUUUUUUUUUUUAUACCUUAUCAAAAUGUGUCAGCUUGGGCAAUGAGCCAUUAUGUCAUGUACAAUUCUUAUUUGGUUAGCCAUAAGCUUUAUCCAAAUUUUGGUCAUGUGAUUGCUUAUAACACGUGGGAAUGUUUUUGUGUGUGGUCAUUGAUGACAUACCUAACUUAUUUAUGAAGUGUAGAUUCCUGUAUAGAAGCUCCAUACUCUUGCUGUAUGAAUAAUUAUUUAAAAGUUGUGAGUUGUGAUUGUACUGCCACCCAGUGGUGUUAUGUUGUCAGUGUGUUAUUCAAAGCACUUAAAAUGUGGAGGAAAAGAUAAAAACAAACAAAAACA